AUGAGAAGUGUCUCUAAUCCCCCGGAUUAUUCUCGGCGCCAGGAUGAAGAACAGACUGGCGUUGAAAUCGCGACCAAAGUCCUCGGGAAAGGCAAAAAAACCGGCCAAGCGCCAUUCUACACUGGUGAUUCGCCUGGGUUUGGCGCCGUCUUUGAUAUAUGCUCGCCCCCAGGCCAACCUACACCAAGAUAUAUCCUACUCACUUCCAAAACAUCCGUUUCGUUAUCCCCCGAGGAUAAAGCGUAUUUGCAUUAUAAGGGUGUCUUCAAUAUGCCCCGAAAAGAAACCUGCGAUGAACUUCUGCGGGCAUACUUUCAUCAUGUGCAUCCCAUUAUGCCGGUGAUUGACGCUACAACACUUCCACACCUCUAUCCCAGCGGAGAUGGUCACUCAUACAAUCUGAUAUUACUAUGGAGCAUUUUCUUUGCUGCUGCAAACUAUCUUUCGGCUGAUAGUUUCAAAUCAGAGGGCUUUUCAUCCAGGAAAGAGAUGAAGGAAUCCAUGUACUCUCGUGCAAAGUGCCUGCAUCAUAAUGGGGGUGAGACAGACCACGCAGUCCUCCUUCAAUCAGCACUUCUCUUAGGAUUUUACCAUUCUGAAGCUGAUACCUACACCCAACCGUGGUUUUGGCUUGGUGUUGCCAUUAGCCUUUGCCAAACAAUGGGUCUGCAUCGUUUCUCUGCUGGGGCCUGCGCAAAUUCACCGAUCACUGAACCACAAAAGCGUCUUUGGCGCCGCCUUUGGUGGACCUGUUUCUUUCGGGACCGUUGGUUAAGUCUCACAAUGGGGCGUCCACUGAGAAUCAAUCUGAAUGACUGUAACACCGUACCACCAUCUCCAGAUGAUAUGUUGAGUGAUUUUGUCGGAUUACCCGAAGCCAUGUCGGCAACAUAUAUCCCGAGCGACCUACCGCAGCUAGCAGACUAUUGGGUGACAAUGAUUCAACUCACCCAGCUUUUAGGAGACACUCUCACCUUGUGCUACCAACCCUUUGGAAUCAGUGGGUCUUUCCAGCAGGUUGAAGCCCUUGAGCAAAAGAUUUUACGCUUUCAACUUCCCGAAAAUCAGACGGAACAAAGUCCACUGGCAACAUUUUACUUAUAUCAUUUACAGCUUCAUUAUCAAGCGUUCAUAGUCACUUUUUACCGUCCUUUCAUCACAAAGGCCCCGGAAGGGCUGCCCGCAUCUCGCCAGGACACAUGGCAAACUCACGUCCGAAAUCAGAUCAAUAUGGCUGCCUUACAGACCAAUGCCAUCCUUGAUAAUCUGGCACACGAGAGAUUGUUGGCAUUCUCGGCGCCUAUGACACCACCGCUAUUAGUCCCAGCAAUGCACAUCCACCUCCUCAACUGCAAAUCCCCCGAUCCCGUUUCCCGACGUCUAGGUCUCAACAAAAUUGAGGUGUGCAUGAUAGUCUUAGAACAGAUGCAACACACCCACCCUUGCUCUUCAGUCUUCCGAGGUAUCUUUCUCGGAGCCAUUCGUUACAUUUUCCCAAACUAUGUGGCUCAAACAGUUCUCCCCGAGUUGGAAUCUGAGUCCUCGCCACUGCAGGAAGUUUCGACGGAUGAUCCUAUGGCAGGAAUAACAAUCGGCGAAGAUGCGAUUGAUGCGCUGAUGGAUGAAGUGUCGAUUUUCAAUUUUUGGGAGUCCCUCAACAACAUGCAAACUUAA